AUGUCGUCUUUACCAACUCAUGUGCUUCAAGCUCCGAACCCGAUACCAUCCAGGCCAGACCUGAAAUUUAUACAGGCUGUGACCAUGCAGACGCCCGAAGCAGUCACCCGCCAGAUGUCAUUGAUGCAACUCACUAGAACUAUAUCGCAAUUGAGUGACUUGUCAUUAUUCUCUCAUGAUAUGCUUGCCGAUCUUGUGGGCCAAACAGCUGCUACUAUGAGAAGAAUUCAGAUAGUACAACAGCGUAUCGAAAAUUUGAAAACCACUGUGCCAGUAGUCGAGGAAAUGAUCUUUUCGGCUCCUCUUCAGGAAGCGUUACAAUUAGAACGUUUGGAAUGGAAGUCCGAUGCUGCAGUAGCCUGCAACUUGUUUACCAAACAGACUGAAUCACCUGCCAUCGCAAACCAGUACGAGAAUUGUACGCCACCACCUCCUUUGGAAUUGCUGGAUGAAUUUAGAAGUGAUGGGCAGCCAUGUAUGAAGUUCUUUUCGUAUCCUGCAUUCUUUAUUGAGGAAUGGACACUGCUCAUGGAGAAAGAACAAGAAGAGAGAAGACAACGUAGGAAAGAAAAGAAGAAGGCAAAGGGUCAAGGUGCACAAAGAAACGUUGAAAAACGAGAAAUCAAAGAAUUGGAAGUCAAGAGAUACAAUUCGCAAGGAGAACUCAUAUCAGGUCCAUCCGACAUGCCAGGAGGAGCAUCCACCGAAUUCUACGAUUCCAGCUCUACAGCAUCAGGAAGUACUCGACGUGUCCUGCCCGUUGAAUUGGCAUUGGAUAAUCUCGUUAGACCUACUUCUCCAUUCGGCGAUUCCAUGUUCUCACCAAUGAGAAACGCUGGUCGUGGCGGAUAUCAAGAGCCUGGAAGAAAUGGAUUUGGCAUUGCAGCUCCUCCACCGCCGCCGCCUCCUCCACCACCACCGCCAAUGGCUGGUGGUGAUGCUGAGACUAAGCCUAAUGAAAAUAUGAAUUUACUGAAUCAUAUUCGAAGUGGACAAUUCCAACUCAAGAAGGUCGAAGCACCAGUUGUCGCAGGAGUCAAUGUCAAGAAAGCUCCAAAUCCAACUAGUGAAGUGGCUGCUAUUCUCAUGCGUCGUGUGGCAAUGGAGAACAGUGACAGUGAAUCUGGAUCCGAUGACGGUGACGACGAUGAUUGGGAUUAA